AUGCCAGCUAUCACUACUACACUGUCCCGAGACGAUCACGGCAUCUCCAAUGGGCUCACCAAGCGGGGUUGGGCUGGGCAGGAGCCGGGCGUGAUCCUGGUUUUCUGCAUUGUGUUCAUCGUUGGUUGCGGUAUGUUUGCGCAUAUUGUACAACGAGCAAUCAAACAUCGAAGAGAAGAGCGGGAGAAGUGGGUAGUGACAGAGAUCAAGGACGACGAUCUCCCCUCAAACUAG